AGGUCACACAGUGCUUCAUGUGUGUCUUGGCAGCAAGGCGCGCCACUCGCUGUGCCUCCCGGGUAUAAAUUCAUGGCAGCGAUGUUAUCCACUUCAUCUAACUCCAAACUAACACCACUUUCUACUAACAGGAAGAUCCUUUGACAUUCAAGAGUAGAACGACGAGAGGUCUGACGACUACAAUGAGCAGCCAGUCUGCCAUCAACAAAGAUGUCUUCAUCCCCUGCAAUGAGCGGAUGCUGGUGGCGGUGGAGGUGCGGAGGAGGAAAAAAAAGAGGAUGUCCUUCCUGUCGCCCGUAUCCAAAGGCGACUAUGCAACAUUCAUUUGUGUGUCAGUGACAAACACAAGGCCACACCAGCUUAUCAUUUCAAAGGUGAAACGGUUCAGUGGCACCUCGACCUUCACAAGGACGUCCCAGUGGGUGGUGGAGCAGCUACGACAGGUCAACGGCAUCAACCCCAACAAGGACAGUCCCGAGUUCGACCUGGUCUUUGUCAACACGGUGGAUCAGUGGGUGGCCAGCUCUGCAGCAGAGAAGUGUAUUCUGGUCCAGAUACUGUAUCGUGCUUGCCAGACUUACUGGGAGGGGAAGGCAGGAAGUCUGGUCAAGACAAACCGCCAGGGGCCCCAUCAGGUCGCAGAGGCUGGUCCUAGUGACUCCUCCCCUUUAUCCAGAACACAACAGGCCCGACGGAAGAGCUUUGUUGUACCCAGACUACCGGAGUUCAUCAACUGCCCAUCCAAACUCACAGGAGAUGCCUCCACCAUGAACCUGUUCAUCUACCGCUGCAAAGCCUUCUUCAAUCAUUUGAAGAACAGCAUCAUUGCACAGCAAAGACGCUCACUGAGCAAAGCAGGUCAGGCUGAAGCGCGGGCAGCAGGGGGCGCUGUGGGUAAUGUUGUCCAUCGCAUGAACGUGGCUCUGGGCGAGCGCGGGGACAGACUGACUCCAGCUGAGGACAAGACUCUGGGGCUGGUGCACGCAGCCCAUCAGCUUGCAGACAAUGCUCACAAGAGAGCACUGAAAUACGCCAAGUAGAGUCUUUUCAAGACUCUUGGAUACUCCAAACUGCUCAUGAGAAGAAUCUUUCAAGAAGAGGAUCAUCUGCCAGGGUUGCAACUUUAACCUUUGUAGUCCGUGCUUGGACCGCAGGACCCCACGGUGCUCCUAUUUGAUUUGCACAGUUCCUUCAAGUAGCGCUGCUAUUAAUACUGCUGAGAUGAGUGUAAAAUUGCCUUCAUUUGCUAUACUUCAAUGUUAUACAGUACAAAGCACUUGGGCACUUCAGUGUGUAACGUCUGUGUCUUCAUAUUGUAUCCACAAUGUGUCUUCGUCCAUGUCCUCUUAUGCUAAUCAAACAUUGUCUGCGUGUCUAUGUGAUAUACGUCUACAGUAAGUUGGAACCUGAUCACGUUAGCAAUGAACACCACCCAAAAUCCUUUCCACUCCAAAAAAAUGAAAGAUCCACUUUCACAAGGUUAAAGUUAAUUUGAAUAAUUUAAUUUUCAAAAAUGGCAGCUUUAUUUUGUUUGCUUUGUUUCUCAUAUUUUUUCUUUAAUAUUCCAACCUUAUGCUACUAAAAUGACAAAUUUUUUUUCUCAUAAUGUUAUGAGUUUAUUCUCGGAAAAUUGUGACUUUUUCUUGUUAGAUUAUGGCUUUUUUCCUCUUAAUAUUUUGUCUUGUAAAAUUACAGCUGUUUGGUUCAUUUUUGCUGCUGUUUUUUUCUAUUUCAACUUUCUUCCCAUGAAUUUUCUUCUCGUAGUUAUGGCUUUAAAAAUGUCUUUCUUCUUGAAUAUUUCAACUUCACGCUACUGAAAUGACGUUAAUUUUCCUCACAAUAUCACAACGUUAUUCUCAUAAAAAUGUUGACCUUUUCUGUUAAUAUUUUGACUUAAUUAUUGUAAAAGUACUGCUGAUUUUUCCAUUUUUGCUUUUUUUUUUUUUUUUAGUUUUCUUGUUAUAUUAUAUGUUUCCAAAAAAAAAAAAGCACCUGCGGGCUGCAAAUGGCCCCCGGGCCGCACUUUGAACACCCUUGAAUUAAUCCUAUCCCCUCUCCAUGUCUUAGCAAUUACUGAACAAUACCCGUGAUUACCCUGUUAAAUAAUGAAUAUCAAUUACAAAUAAUAAAAAAAAAAAAUAAAUGACUCCAUAAACAAAUAAAUAAAUAAAUACAGGAGUAAUAAGUGGACACAAAUAUUUGAUAAUGUCAAGAUAUGCUAAGCAGCUACAUAAAUAUAAAGAAAAAAAACAUCUCAGCUUUGUGUUUAGUUAUUAGUACUGGUGUCGUAUCUUCUAAUAUUCCAUUUGUAUGUCAAGUUUUUUCUAGUAAUCUUUUAUUUUCUUAUUUUAAAUUGCAUGACUUUAUUUUUACGACGCAGGCCAAUGAAAAGCCAGGUGUGGCCACAAAAGGCUCCCGGAUCACACUUUGGACACCCCUGCCAUAUAAAGUUGCAGUGAAGAAGAACUAAUAGCGAGCAUUUGUUAAUAUUCUCUGUGCUACUGGAAUAGUUGUUGUUUUCUUGUUGUAUUGCAAGUGAGCAAAUAAAUAGAAUUAAACACAAAAUGAAGCUUUUAUAUCGAAACACAAUUACUACAUUUAAACAAAAAUAGCAAGCAGCAACACUUUAUCGGAAUCUAUUAUUUUAUUAUUACUACUUCAACAAACAUGAUUUGAAAGCCAUGGCUACAGGCGGCACUUUACUUUACUUUACAACUUCAAGUCAUGACGUCACUUCCUGUUGUGCGGAAAGAGCUCCGUGUCUUAUUACCGGAGUUUUAAACUUUUUGUGACUAUUCCUGACCAUAGCUUGAUAGUACAACUCUAGAAGGGAGUGCCGCGAUUUCUGCCUUAAUUCGGACCAGCGAGUGGACUGAACUCACCAAAACAAACGUAUAGCAGGAGCCGACAGCCGUUGUAGGCAAGCUAUCAAGCUAGCCGCGGCUUUGAAUCGGCGGCUACUCACUAAAACAUCUUGGAGUCUCCUUGAGGAGACAUCUCCGGCUGUAACCAGGACUGGUGAGAGACACAAACUCGCGGCUACAACGGAUACUAAACACCGAAGGCGGUGCAAAACAAGCUAACGGCUAAUCGACAACACUCGAGGCGGUUGUCGAACCGCAAUAAUGCCAAAGAUAAAAGAGGCAAGAAGCGGAUUUGAUGGCUCGAGCAGGUCAAGUCGAAGCACUCCGGAUUCGGUUAAAAGCAUGGAAGGUGCGGGUUCUGUAUCUGCCCCCACCCCCUGCACAUGCACAUGCUCUAUUGGAAGCGUCAGCUGAGCAAUCAUGUUGAUGUAGAAAUGGGGAAAUCUACUAAGAAGUUACAGGAGAUCGGGAGAAAGCUAGAAAAUAGACUGGCGCAAAAGCUAGAAGCUAUCCUAGCGCCAAUGCUACUGAAACUUCACAAGAAGCGGGAUCAUACUGAGGAGAAUGUGAUGAAGCGGGAUCCCAUGCAAAAAAAUGUAGGCUCCCUGCAACAAAACAUGGGCUUAUCCUAGGACUCGACGUAUGGAGUACAAUGUCUGAGGGGGGAGAACAAAGAAUUACAGGAAAGUAACGCAGCACUGAGAGCCACUCUCAAAAAAAGAGUCUGAAGAAAAAGACAAAAUCACAGAGCAACUGAAAGCCACCAUAGAUGACAUGGAUCACAACAUGCGAAUGGAUGACGUGGUCGUGACGGGGCUUGGGAUCAAACCAAGGUCCUAUGCCAGGACAGUGGCGAAUACUGCCGCCUCAACGGAGAAACAAGUUGUCACCUCCAAGGAGGUGGACGUAGACAUCCCAACUAUUGACACCUGUAUCCCACUGUGUGGCAGGAACAGCACCACACCCGUCAUCAUCCUCAAGUUCACUAACGGGAAAUCCAAGACUGCACUGCUGAAACAAGGAAAGAAGCUGAAAGGAACAAACGUCUACAUCAGGGUUCGGGAAACUUUUUGGCAAAGAGAGCCAUGAAAGCCACGUAUUUUAAAAUGUAUUUCCGUGAGAGCCAUAUCAUAUCUUUUAACACCGAAUGCAACCAAAUGUGUGUGUAUUUAAGGAAGACUAACAAUUUUAGAAUAUAAUUAGUCUCUGAAUGUAUUCUUUGUAAUAAUGUUGUUAUAUUGAAGCUAACCAAUAGUUAUUAAUAAAUUACUUGUACCAUUAA